UCCGUUGGUUGUAGUUUUUUUGGUAGCAGCUUGUUUAUAGUAGCUACUUAAGUCACAAGGUCUGCGUUGUACAGCUCAUUCAUUUCAAACCAAUGGACUGUUGCAUUGUAUCCGCAUUGUGGUGUUUUAUACCACUUUAUUUACUCAUUCACUUCUUGUGUUUCAUUUUCGUGGAUGCAGACUUCACCCUGUUGUGGGCAAGUGUGAUAGGACACAGGCCAGAGAGCAAGCUGAAAGGACUGGUGGUGUGGGUCACUGGAGCCUCCAGUGGUAUUGGAGAGGAGCUGGCCUACCAGUUGGCAAAGUGUGGGUCACGUCUCAUCCUGUCCGCUCGACGCGAGGAUGAGCUGAAUAGGGUGAAACGUCACUGUUUAGAUUACACUGGCCUCCAUGAUGAAGAUAUUCUUGUUCUUCCACUUGAUUUGUUGGAGAGGACAUCACAUGAGGAAAAAACCAAAGCUGCAAUCCAAUACUUUGGACAUAUCGAUAUCCUAAUUAACAAUGGUGGCCGAAGCCAGCGCUCUCUGUGCUUGGAGACCAGUGUUGAUGUGUACCAGGCCUUGAUGGAGCUCAAUUUCUUGGGUACAGUCUCCAUCACCAAGCAGGUCUUACCUCACAUGACACAGCGAGGAACUGGGAGCAUUGUGACUGUAAGCAGUGUGGUUGGCCUUGCUGGGGCGCCCCUGGCAACAGGAUACUCUGCCAGCAAACAUGCUCUGCAGGGUUUCUUUAAUUCCCUUCGAACUGAGCUGACUGACUAUCCAAACAUACUCAUCAGCACAGUGUGUCCGGGGCCUGUGCAGUCACAAAUUGUCCACAAUGCCUUUACAGAAGAGCUGAACAAGCCUGUGGCCACAGCUGGUAACCAGGAACACAAGAUGCCAACAAGUCGCUGUGUGCGUUUAAUGCUGGUGGGAAUUGCCAACAAUGUCAAGGAAAUGUGGAUCGCACAGCAGCCCUUCCUUCUGUUUUACUACGCCUGGCAGUACACUCCCACAUUUGCCUGGUUCAUCACAAACAUGUUGGGCAGGAAAAGGGUGCAGAAUUUCAAAGCUGGUGUGGAUGCAGAUUCUGCAUACUUCACUAAGCCUAAGACCUCCUGAAAGUCUCAUCUGGAUGAGGAAACUUGUUCAUUGCAUUCCUAAUGUCUGACCUGAAUUUUGAAAUCGGUUUCCUGCUAAAUCUUUAGGAUUUUCACCUUCAUUUAGAAGGAAAAAAAUGUAAACUCACAAUUGCUUUGAAAGCUUGGAGCUCUCCUCCCAAAUCAUGUCAGUGUCUGACAAACAUGGAUACAUUUUUGUUGUUAUGCUUUCAUCUCAAAACUCAAUAAGUAAAUCCUGUAUUUAAUGUGUAUUUGUAACAAGCAUUUUCAGAUUAUGUGAAUUUCUGGCACAGGGCCUAUAUGAAUUUAUGAAACUAAGGCUAAUGACUUCAUGUAAGACUGAUGAAGUACUUGCACUAACCUUUUGAAUGGCUAAUAAAACUUAGUUUGGAUCAGU